UCUGCCAGCCCGUCAGCUGCCCCCUGCCGUCACCGCAGGCCCCAGACAGCAUGCCGCCCCUGCGGGGGGGCACACACAGGUGCUUCCAGGCUGUCCUCCUCCUGGCUCUGACCAUGCUCCUGCUGGCCGGCAUCCUGCACAUGGACGUGGGGCUGCUCAUACCUCUGCUCCGGAGCCAGGCCGAGGGGCCACCCAUCGUCAAUGUCAUGUUCCUCAAGACGCACAAGACGGCCAGCAGCACUGUGCUCAACAUCCUCUUCCGCUUUGCUGAGACGCACAACUUGUCCGUGGCCCUGCCCGCCGGCUCCAGCUUCCAUCUGGGCUACCCCUGGCUCUUCCUGGCACGCUACGUGGAGGGCUCAGAGCCCCAAGGCCUGCAGCAGCGUUUCAACAUCAUGGGCAACCACCUGAGGUUCAACCUGCCUGAGGUGCAGAAAGUCAUGCCCAACGAUACUUUCUACUUUUCCAUCAUCAGAAACCCCGUCUUCCAGCUGGAGUCCGCCUUCACCUACUACAAAGACUACGUCCCUGCGUUCAGGGAUCCGGAGAGCCUGGAUGCCUUCCUGGCCUCCCCGUGGACCUACUACAAUCAGAGUGUGGGCCUGCUCAACGCCUUUGCCAGGAAUAACAUGUGGUUCGACCUGGGCUUCGACAACGACGCGCGCGCCGACGACCAGGGCUACGUGCGCGCGCGCCUGGCGGACGUGGAACGGCAAUUCCAGCUGGUGCUCAUCGCGGAGCACUUCGACGAGUCCAUGGUGCUGCUGCGGCGUGCGCUGCGCUGGCGGCUGGACGACGUGGUGGCCUUCCGGCUCAACUCGCGGAGCGCGCGCAGCGUGGCCCCCCUUACGGCCGCGGGCAGGGCGCGCGCACAGCGCUGGUGCGCCCUGGACUGGCAGCUCUACCAGCACUUCAACCGCAGCUUCUGGGCCCGCGCGCAUGCCGAGCUGGGCCCGCGGCGGCUGCGCUCUGAGGUGGCGCGGCUGCGGGCUCGGCGGCGGGAGCUCAGGGAGCGGUGUCUGCAGGACGGCGCAGCCAAGAACCAGUCGCAGAUUGCCGACCCCCAGCUGCGCCCCUUCCAGUCGGGCCAGGCGGACAUCCUGGGCUACAACCUCAGGCAGGGCCUGGAUGAGCAGACACAGCGGAUGUGUGAGAGGAUGGUCACUCCCGAGCUUCAGUAUAUGGCCCGCUUGUAUGCCCUGCAGUUCCCGGAAAAGCAACCCAAACGCCUCCCCUUCCUGGAGUAGGGGGGCGGCGCCAGGGACAGGGCACGAGUCCCAGCCCUUCUCCUGUCAUCCCUGGGAGACCAGGGUACCGACUGGUGAGGAGGGGGACUCCUGCGGCAGCUGUGCGUCGGGGUGAAGACCCCACUAAAAGCACCCACUCAGGAUCCAUCCUCUUGGAGGCGCCACUGCCGUGAGGGUCCCACUUUGGGACCUGAGGGUUUGAAUCUGGUUAACAGGUAGAAAAAUCUUACAAGGUAGGAAAGUGAGUGACACUAAAUUACAAGUUGACAUACUGCCCCUCGAAAGGACACACGUGGGCACAUCGACCAUCACAGGAACUCGAGUGCAGGGGGUCAGGAGAAGCUUGGGCAGCAGGUCUGGGAGUCCCUGAAGGAGCCCGGUGGCUCCCCAAAUCUGCUGGCUGUGGGACAGGGGGCUGGUCACAGAGAGGGUUGUGCGACGCCCACAGGGAGCCCUGGGAAGCUGACACAAGGCAGCAAGGAUCUGGAAUGUUCAGCUUCCCAUCUGUGGCUGGAUGAGGCAUCUUUGCAAGUAAAGAAUGGCUUUAGGUUGAGAAAAGUUGAAACUGUUUAUGAAACAAAUGGUUUAGCCAGAGCUAAAGGUGAGGAUUAGGGCCCUAGCCCCCUGUCCGGAUGGCCCCCUUGGAAUGUGGGGUGUCUGACCUGCUGGAGGAGCUCCUGCGGCUUAUAGCACACUCUGUUGUCCUGGAGGGCACCUUGGAUGCAGUCCCAGAGGAGGGUGGUCGCAUGGCUGACGGCAUUCGGACAGCCUCCUCGGAGGGC